AUGCAAUAAUAAACAUACCUUGAGAGUAGUUUCAGUAGUCAUAGCAGCAGUAGUAGUGAAAACGAAAAUAAGGAUGUUCCUUUCUCUCCUUUUAGGGAUGCAAAUGAGAUACAACUACUGUCAGAGUAAUUUGAUAUAACAAAGUGGUCCAAACACGUUUUGCCUCAACAAUCAUAAGUAGAGAAGACUCCAAAGCCUAAUAAAAAGCAAGUGGCCAAAAAAACUAAGAUUAAAGUCAAUACAUCAUCUUCCAUUUCACCUUAGAAAAAGAAAUCUAAAAUCAAGAGACCCAAAAUGAAAGACAUUAAGCCCUUAAAUUUAGAAAGUGAGAAGCAUCUGUUUUUUGCCAUGAAAGCUGCGUACAAUCCAUAAUUUGAAUACGUCGAAGUUAAGGAACUUGGGCCAGAAUAACCUCAUCGAAAGUACGAAGAAAUUGCAUUAAAAAUUAUUGAUCAAUGCAUUAAAGAAUUUGGUUCCGAUUUGAAAUAUGCUGAACAAGAAGGAGGCAAAUUAUUAUCAAUAGAAGAAACCGAGCAUUUCUUUAAUGAUUAUAUCCAUAAACUAGGUGUUUAAGAUUUGAUAUCCUAUGAAUUUCAAGAUCAUACUGUAGCUCCUACUAGUGUAGUGCAUAAUCCAACUGAUGGCAAAAGCAAAGUAAUUAUUGGGUUGCCAAUCAACUAUCGCAUCAAUCGAAUUGAAGGAGUUCUGAAUCACGAGAUAGGCACCCACUUCAUUAGAAAAAUAAAUGAUCGCUAAUAGCAAUGGUACAAGAAAAGAGCUAAAUAUCAUUUGGAACCAUACUUAAAACAUGAAGAAGGAUUGGCAGUCUUGAAUCAAGUACUUCCAUAAGCUCUUAAAUAGAAAGGCAAACCUUACUUAUUCAUGGCUGCUUUGCAUUAUAUUUCUUCAAUAAUGGCUAGUUAAAUGAGUUUUGCAAAGUUGUUUCAUGAAUUAAGAUACUUCAUUUAAGAUGAUGAGGCUAGAUUUCGUGAGUGCCUGAGAGUCAAGAGAGGAUUGAAAGAUACAUCAUAACCAGGAGGAAUGUACAAGGAUUAAGUAUACUUGACAGGAGCAAUUAAAAUACUUAAAUAUCGAGGGAAAUUAAAUUUUAUUCAUUUGCAUAGUGGUAAAAUAACAAUAAAGGAUUGUAUUCGUUUGGGAGAGAUAGGAUAAAUAUUUACAAAAAAUAUCUAUAUUCCACCUUUUUUAUAAGAACUUGAUCAAUAUAAAAGAGGAUUGGAUAAGAUAGCAUAAUAAAAUUUCAUUAAUUUUGUAUGA